CCGUGGAGGAACCAGGAAAAAGGACCAGAGCUGAGCCGGUCACAGACUGCAAAGGCACUGUGGUCUGGGUGUGGUUCCUGAGCCCGGCGGUCAUGGGACGGCCAGAGGGGGUGGUGGUUUGGUCAGCUGGGGUCAUGUUGCGGUCGAGAGGAUGCGGGAUGAUCUUGGCUCUCUUGCUUCUCUUCACUAGUGUCUCCAGCCUCCCACAGCCAGUGCCGAGACUCUUCCUGUCCUUCAAAGAGCUCCAGGCAUCCCAGGCCUUUGAGCACUACACCCUGUCUGAGGGGCCCAUGGACUACCGCCUCCUGCUGAUGGACGAGGACCAGGAUCGCCUGUAUGUGGGCUGCAAGGACCACGUCCUCUCCAUGAACAUCAACAACAUCACCCGCGGGACGCUCAAGGUGUUUUGGCCCGCCUCCAGCAGCAAGGUCGAGGAGUGCCAAAUGGCAGGAAAAGAUCCCACGCAUGGCUGUGGGAACUUUCUCCGGGUCAUCCAGCCCUUCAACCGAACUCACCUGUUCGUCUGCGGCAGCGGCGCUUUCAGCCCCAUCUGUGCGUACGUCAACAGGGGUCGGAGGUCAGAGGAGCAAGUGUUCCACAUAGACUCACGGGCUGAAUCGGGGAAGGGGAGGUGCUCCUUCAGCCCCAGAGUCAACACUGUCUCUGUCAUGCUCAACCAGGAGCUGUUCUCUGGAGUCUACAUCGACUUCAUGGGCACCGACGCGGCCAUCUUCAGGAGCCUCACCAGGAGGAACGCCGUGAGGACGGACCAGCACAACUCCAAGUGGCUCAGCGAGCCGGUGUUCAUCGAUGCCCGGCUCAUCCCAGACGGCUUGGAUCCCAGUGACGCCAAGCUCUACUUCUUCUUCAGAGAGAGGCUGACGGACAACAGCGGCAACACCAGGCACAUCCACACCAUGGUGGCAAGAGUGUGCCCGAAUGACAUCGGCGGUCAGCGGAGCCUCGUCAACAAGUGGAGCACCUUCCUGAAAGCGCGGAUGGUGUGUGCUGUGCUGGAGCAGGACGGCACGGAAACGCACUUUGACGAGCUCGAGAGCGUGUUUUUACUGGAAUCGGAGCGGCCCAAGAACCUUUUGGUGUUCGCCGUCUUCACAUCCACAAGCUCAGUGUUCAAGGGCUCGGCCGUGUGCGUGUACAACAUGGCCGACAUCCUGACCGUCUUCAAUGGCCCCUUCGCCCACAGAGAGGGUCCCAACUUCCAGUGGGGGGCGUACCAGGGCCGGAUCCCCUACCCCCGCCCGGGCACGUGCCCAGGUGGAGCCUUCACCCCCAACAUCCACACGACGAAAGAGUUCCCUGACGAUGUGGUGACCUUCGUCAGGAACCACCCUGUGAUGUUCAAUCCCAUCUACCCCGUGGGCAGGAAGCCGUUGCUUGUGCGCACUAAUACAGAGUACAAGUACACUGCCAUCGCUGUGGACCAGGUUGUCGCCGCGGACGGCCGCUACCAGGUCCUCUUCCUGGGAACAGAUAAAGGAACAGUGCAGAAGGUUGUUGUCCUCCCAACCAACCGUUCCUUGGGCGAAGACUUGAUCCUGGAGGAGCUGGAGGUCUUUAAGAAUAAAGCCCCUGUGACAAAUUUAAGAAUCUCCUCUAAAAAGCAACAGCUCUACGUGAGUUCGGAGCACGGCAUCUCCCAGGUAGCUCUGCACCAUUGCCAUGCCUACGGCUCAGCCUGCGCGGACUGCUGCCUGGCCAGAGACCCGUACUGUGCUUGGGAUGGCCUGAGCUGCUCCCGCUACUACCCUACGGGCAAGAGGAGGAGCAGAAGGCAGGACAUUAUUCACGGAAACCCACUGACACAGUGCAGAGGCUUCAAUCUUAAAGCCUACAGGAACGCAGUGGAGACGGUGCAGUAUGGGGUGAAGAACAACACCACCUUUCUGGAGUGCCUGCCCAAAUCCCCCCACGCCACUACCAGAUGGCUGUAUCAGAGAGACACUGACAGGAGAAAAGAGGUGAAGCCGAGCGAGCGCGUGGUCUCCUCCGGUCACGGCCUGCUCAUCCGCUCCGUCCAGCCCUCGGACCAGGGGCUGUACUACUGCCAGGCCGCGGAAAACGGCUUCAAGCGCACGGCAGCCAAGAUCCGGCUGAAGGUUCUGAGCGACGGGCUAGUGGAGGCGCUGACGGACAAGCGGCACUCGCCCUGGGCGCUGGCGGGAGCGCUCCACCCCAAGGCCCUGGUGUCGGAUUUCAGUCCCGCUGAGGCGCUGGCUCUGCAGCAGUACUGCAAGGAGCAGAGGCAGGGGGAAAAGCCGGGCCCGCUGAGGGGCGACCUGGCCAAACUCAAGCCCCUCAUGGACCAAAGGAAGAGCCGCAACCGCAGGAACCACCUCCCCGAGGAGUAGCUGGGGGGGGUGGGAGGGGGUGCGGUGAGGGGGCGGGCCACACCCCACAACAGGAAGACCCGGCUGCCUUCUUCCCCUGCGCCAAACUCGCAAUGUCAGCAGGAGCAAGGGUCGUCAUACCCUCCCUGUAACCUCUGCUGUGUGAGGUACUGCGACCAGACUACUGUGAGAGCGGCAUACGCAUACGCACACCUGUUAAUUUCAUCUCCUCACCUGCCCCACACAAGAGAGCGCCCCCUACGGGCCAACUGUCCAGUGCAGCCAGGGUGGGUUGCCGGUAAGGCCUUACUUCAAGAGUAAAUGUCACAUUCAAGUUGUUUCUGAUUGCACAGGCAUGCCUAGACUUGUCUGACGACACAGCAACAGCUUGCUGUGGAGCAGAAUAGAAAUAUUUCAUGCAUCAUGCAUAAUUC